ACUCGUGAUCAUGCAGUGCUCGAAAAAUCACUCAAAAAUUCCGGAAAUCCCCUUAAAAAUUCCCACAAAUUUCCGCAAACUGCGAUGCUAAACGCAUCAAAUCCGCUCCACCGCUGUUGCUCAUUGCAAUCAUCAUCCGGCCCACCGGAGCAGAGGAAAACGCGUCGUCUCCAUGGUCUCCAAUUGCCCCUGCAUCCGCAGCAGCUUGCGGGCUGGUUGGUGCUAGCGUUAUUAUCCCUCGGCGGAUUUCUCUCGGUCCUUCCGCACCUCUCCGCAGCGCUCCGCACACCGCUGACAAUAACCUUGGGAGUGAUACUUGCGGUACACGCGUUGACCCAUGUAUUUGCCCUAGUGCUUGACCCCUCGGACCCCCAAGUGCGUAAACAACCGACAAACAAUGUUGUGCCGGAAUUCGACCGGACGAAACAUCUGCAUGUCAUUGAGAACGGCAGGUGUCACUUGUGCAACAUAACAAUCACCUCGAAGCGGACUAAACAUUGCUCGGUUUGCAACAAGUGUGUUAAGAAGUUCGAUCAUCACUGCAUGUGGCUGAAUAGCUGCGUUGGCGGACGUAAUUACAAAUUCUUCAUUGUCUGCGUUAUUUCCGCAAUUGUCGGCGCGGUGAUUUUGGUUGCGCUGAGCUUUGGUGAAGUAUUGGUGACUAUUGAUCAUCAUUUUAACAGUGCCAACUUGACGAUGGAGAACAUAACGAUACCGAUAGUGUCGAUACAGCCGAUCCAGAAUACAAGUACAUUGGUUAUUAUUUCGGUCGUUGGGGUUUUGUCCGCAAUAGCCGCGGCUUUACUAAUCCACCUGUGCAUCUUCCACGGAUACAUUGCGUAUUUAGGUUUAACGACUUACGAGUAUGUGCGGAACAAACGGGAGCAGAGAGCGCUGAUGCAGGAGGAGUCGACAAUUCCGCACGGAAAUUUCGGCAACAUCGGUAAUUACCAUUUUUGUAAGGAUUUGAAUGUCGGGGAGGAGCCGCCGAGGGCUACUGACACGAGUCAGGUCUACAUAUGCUCAACACACACGACGCAAAGUGAUAGUAAAACUGGGCGGAACAGAGAGAAGCGGAAUUUUCACUUGUAUUUUACGUACGAAACGCCGGAGGACGCAACGUCUUUCGAGCUGAGCCAGACGACUGGUCCGGGGGAGCAGAGAGUUCAAGACUUGGCGGAGACGGUGAAAGGCGCGGAAUUGAAACCACUGACGCCAUCGCCCGUCUCCUGCUGUUUCUCCAUAAUAAAUCACGGCUGGUCCGACCGGAAGAAGAAAAACAAACCGCCGAGCCAUAGAAAUGAGGAUGAGAAGGUUGUGACGCGGUGCACGCCCGUGCGGAGGAUCCAGACGUUUCUGCGGAGCAGACUGCGGAAGAACGCGCGCCAGAGAACGCUGGACUCUACGCGCGGACGAAAAAAUCGGAUUGGACCGAUGAUCGGGUCAAGCGCGGGGUCUGAGGAGGUGAAAAAUGUUCCGCAGAUUGAGGAGAAAAUUUCGCCGAUUGAAAACAUCACCGGAAAUAUUCCGCGCGGAAAUCCUGACGUUCCGGACGGCAGUCUGGAGGUUCCGGUGAGACCUAUCAAGCUACCGCCACUCAAUCUACCGUUCAGGGAGGAUAUUAUUCAUGAGAAUACUGUGUUCACCCUGCCGGUGACCAAGAGGAGCCAGCAGCUGAGGAUUCGGAGGCCUAGUUUUCACAGGCGACCGAGGUUCAAGAUGAGUCCGCAUGUGACGCAAUCAGCUCAAUUAUCACCUAUUCCGGAGUCGGAAUUCUCCAAGCCCGCUUCGCCAAGGUCACCACCGAAGCUCAAGCAUUUCACGUUUCCGCCCACUUCCACUGACUGAUUUAUUGUUUUUUUUUUAUUAAUCAAUCGUGUUCUUGAGGAAAG